AUGGGGGACACUGAACAGAGAUCGAUUCGCGAUGGUGAUAUCGAGAUACUGAACACCCCUUCAAGACACAGUGACGCCGACUUGGACGAGUGCUUUUCUAUUGAUGCUCUGGAUGGUCUUGGGAAAUUGCCCCCGGAGAAAUCCCUGUCUAUCCAGAACGGACAGCGACAUGAACGCUACCUUGUUGUAUGGGACGACGAACGUGAUCCUCAAAAUCCUCAGAACUGGAGUCGUCUGUAUCGGUGGUGGCUCACCUGGUUGGUUGGUACCCUUACCCUCAACGCCACCUUCUCGAGUUCGGCGCCGUCAGGUGUCAUCCAGCAACUUAAAGACGAGUUUCAUCUUUCAACCAUCGUCACCUCUCUCCUUAUUUCGCUCUUCAUCGCAGGAUAUUGCGUGUAUCGGCCCUUAUUAUGGGGCCCUCUAUCGGAGGCCUAUGGGCGUCGACCGGUUUGGGUUAUUUCCUUUACUUGCUAUGUUGCAUUCCAGCUAGGAUGCGCGCUAGCACAAAGCACGACCCAGUUACUCGUCUUCCGCUUCCUGGGAGGAUGUUUUGCCGUUAGCCCAUUAACCACCGCGGGGGGAGUCUUUGCUGACUUGUGGGACGCAAAGACACGAGGGAAAGCAAUGGCGAUUUUCACAGUAGCGCCUUUCGCUGGCCCAGCACUAGGACCAAUGGUCAGCGGCUUCAUGAAUGUCCGCGGUCUCUCCUGGAGAUGGUUGUUCUGGGUCUUAACAAUCUUUGCUGGAGUCUGCACGCUCUCUAUUUACUUUCUGCUCCCCGAGACAUACGCGCCUGUCAUUCUGAAACAGAAGGCACAGAGGAAACGGAGGGAGACGGGCGACAAUCAAUGGUACGCACCUAUGGAGGCCGCACAAAUCUCUUUCAGCCAGAAAGCCACGGAGAUUCUGUUCAAACCGUGGUUGAUCUUUAUUUUGGAGCCCAUUUUAAUAUCCUUGACGAUCUAUAUCUCAUUCCUUUAUGGUUGCCUGUAUUUGCUCUUUGAAGCCUUCCCCAUCGUCUAUGGUGACAAUCAUGGCCUGAAUACUGGUCUUCAGGGCCUAGUGUUUCUGCCACUUUUCAUUGGGGGUGGGAUCAAUUGUACGCUGAUUGUAUUCGUUGAGAACCCCCGCUACGAAAAGCUCGUAGACCAUUAUCAUCCUAACCCGGUCCCACCUGAGGAACGGCUUCGACCGAGUAUCGUUGGAUCCCUGUUGGUCACCAUCUCGUUCUUUUGGUUCGCCUGGACAAGCUUCCCUUCGGUCAAUGUGUGGGUUCCAAUAAUGGCAGGACUACCAAUGGGUUUGUCCAUGAUCAUGUUAUUCAUCUCGUUAUUAAAUUACAUCGUGGACGUGUACCUCCAAGUAGCUGCAACCGCACUCGCGGCUAACACCGUCGUGCGAAGCCUCUUUGGUGCUAUAUUCCCGCUAUUUGCUUCCCAAAUGUACCGCAAACUGGGGCCCCAGUGGGCAUCCACUCUUCUGGGCUGUAUCCUUCUGGCAAUGAUCCCUAUGCCGCUUUUCUUCAUCCGAUUUGGGCCAGCUAUUCGGGCGAAGUCGAGAUAUGCCCCCCCGAGGAGAUAA